AUGACCACGCAGCACGACUGCACUAAAUGCGACUCCCGCUUUGAAUCCCAUGCGGCGCUCCACAGUCACCUGCUUUCCGGCAUUCAUCGGACCGCUACCACUUUCUGCCCGUUUUGUGGCCGAAAGUUUCUCAAAGCGAGUGUCUUGAUCGCUCAUCUUGAAAGCGGUCAUUGCCCCGGUGCCCCAGGGUUGAAUCACCACAAUAUCCUCUGGCUGCUUCGCAACUGCGAUAUUCACGGCGUGCUUCUCAAGUACUCCCUCGCCUGGAUCCGUUUCGUCGACCACGGCAGAGAACCAUCAACCCAGGAAACAGCACACCGAUGCUUUACGUGUUUUCAAUCAUUUGAGACACGUCAUGAUUUGGAAUGGCACCUGCUAUUUCCAAUAGAUCAGGCAAGGUCUGGCCGCCUGAAGUUCUAUCGGUGCCCGGACAUGACAAACCGGUGCGAGAAGCACUUUGUCAGCUUGGCGGAUCUCUUCAAGCAUUUGGAGAGCAAUUCUUGUUGGGAUAUGGGCUUUGACCGUGUCCAGAUGAUUCAGCGGCACCUGACGUGGAUGUUUUGGGGAUGGGGAAUGCGGGCAAUGUGA